GUCAGUCGGUGGUCGGGAGGCGGUUUAUCGUUGUAUAGCUGCGAUAGCGGAAGGACUUGUGAAAGUUGCUCUUGGACUCCGUCACUAAAAUCGAAUUAUUUCGUAAGACUGUGAGAGAUCGGCGAGUCAAUAUGCUGCGCCUACUCUUGGUAGCAGCAGUUGUAGCUUUGACUGCAGCCACCCCAACGGGGGAGGAUUCAGCAAGUGCCACUGAAAAUCCUCAGGUUGCUGAAGAUGUCCUAAAAAAUGCUAAGGACAUGUUGAAACGUCUCGAUGCGCAGUAUGCGGAAUGGAAUAACAAGCAAAGCCUCGCCGGAUGGGACUACGCGUCAAAUCUGACCGACGAGAAUCUAGCGAAGAAGCUGAACGUAUCUGCGGAGGCGGCGCGUGUCAGCAAGGAGAUCGCUCAGGAAGUAAAUGCCUUUCCUUGGAGAGAUUUAAAGGAUGAGAACAUCAGAAGGCAAUUCAACAAGCUUGGCAUACUUGGCAUCUCAGCGCUCCCUGAGGACAUGUACAAGGAGUUCGAGAUGACGGUCAACAAGAUGGAGAAGAUCUACAGCACCGCAAAGAUCUGCGAUUACAAGAACAAAACGAAAUGCGAUCUCGCGCUCGAGCCAGAGAUCACGGAGAUCCUGAUGCGUAGCCGCGAUCCUAAAGAGCUAAAACAUAUUUGGGUGGAAUGGAGGAAGGCCUCGGGUGAGAAGGUCAAGUCACUAUUUCCCAGAUACGUCGAGCUGGCCAACGUCGCGGCGAAGCUUAACAACUUCUCCGAUUACGCCGCGUACUGGAUGAAAGACUACGAGGCCGACGAUUUCCCCGAGCAAAUCGAGAAUCUCUGGCAGCAAUUGAAGCCGCUGUAUCUACAGCUGCACGCUUACGUGCGGCGCGAGCUCAGGAAGAAGUACGGCGAGGACAUCGUCUCCAAGGACGGCCCGAUUCCGGCGCAUCUGUUAGGCAACACCUGGGCACAAACGUGGUCGAACAUCGCGGACUUCACCACACCGUUCCCGGGGAAGCAAUUGCCCGACGUUUCCGCCGCCCUGGUCGAGCAAGGCUACAACGCAACAAGUAUCUUCCGCCUCGCCGAGAGCUUCUUCAAGUCCAUCAAUCUGUCCGCUAUGCCGGAUACCUUUUGGGAGAGAUCGAUCCUGACGAAACAGAAGGACGUGGACAUGAUCUGUCACGCGAGCGCGUGGGACUUCUACGACGGUAAGGACUUCAGGAUCAAGCAGUGCACGCGCAUCAAUAUGGAGGAUCUCUUGACGGCGCACCACGAGAUGGGCCACGUCGAGUACUACCUGCAGUACAAGAAUCAGCCUACCGUGUUCAAGGAAGGCGCGAACCCCGGUUUCCACGAGGCGGUCGGCGACGUCAUCUCCCUCAGCGCAUCCACUCCCAGUCAUCUCAAGAAGAUCGGUCUAUUGCAGGACGAAUCGACCGAUCCGGAGGCACUGCUGAAUCAUCUCUACGUGAAGAGCCUCGACAAGAUCGCCUUCUUGCCGUUCGCUUACAUGAUGGAUCGAUGGCGCUGGAACGUGUUCCAAGGGAAAGUCACGCCCGAUAAUUACAAUUGUGACUGGUGGUCGCUCGCGGAGGAGUAUCAAGGCAUCGAACCACCGGUGGACAGGUCGGAGGAAGAUUUCGACCCCGGCUCGAAGUAUCACAUAAUCGCGGAUGUCGAGUACAUAAGAUACUACGUAAGCUUCGUGAUACAGUUCCAGUUCCACAAGGCACUGUGCACCAAGGCGAAGCAAUACGAUCCGAAGAAUCCGGAUGCGAACCUGUUGAGUCAGUGCGAUAUCUAUGACAACAAGGAUGCAGGAAAUCUGUUGAAAUCUAUGCUGGAAUUGGGUUCGUCGAAACCAUGGCCGGACGCAAUGGAAAAGAUUGCAGGACAAAGGCAAAUGGACUCGGCCGGGCUUCUAGAAUACUUCAAGCCAUUGAUCGAUUGGUUGACAGAGGAAAAUAAGAAAACGAACGAGUACAUCGGGUGGAAGCCCAGUACUAAGCAAUGCGUGCAGACGAGAGGAGAACUUGGAGUCACGGAUGAACCUUCGCAAUAAUUUAUCAACGAUAUGGAAGAAUAAUGAUAUAUUUUGAAGAGUAAACGAGAGCAAGCGAGAUGGCAACAUUUAAAAAUCACUGCGUCGACCACGCAUCAUAUAAAUUUAGCAAGUGAUACAAAUUAUUUUACGAUCAUGUAAAAACUCAUCGAUUCGAAGAAAUAAUAUGCGAGAGCUCGCGAUGUAUUAACGUCAUCCCACCUUUUUCUAAAUAAAAUUUACAUUCCAUUCUUCA